CCGUCUUCUUCCUGGUUCGAGGCAGCCCUUUUUCGCGCUCUAUAUUUCAUUGUUUUUGCCAUAACCAGAGGGAAAAACUCGGGCAAUAGGCUUCAAAUUCUCCUCUCUCCGCCUUGGUUAGCAGCAACCUUCUUGAACGCUUGCUUACUCGUUCACUUCUCAUUCCUCAUCAAACCGUGGAAACUUUCCUUCCACCUUCAAUUUUUUGGGUCUUCUCUUACAGAACUUGGGAAACCCUCUGUUCUUGAACCUUUCUUGUUAUCUUUGCAGCACGUUUUUCAUUAUCUAAUGCUGAUGAAGAUGAACUAUGGGUAUUAGUUUGAACAUGGAGUAGCACGCUCUGUUUCGGGUGUUAGAAUGAAUCGUGGUAUCAGUUCUGAUGAGCUUGACCAUCUUUCGCUGGCCGUGAGGCGGAAAAUGCUACAGGAAAAUAAGCUCACAUUAUUGGAAGAUGAGAGUAAAAGAAUAUCAACGUGAGUUUGUCAAGAAAGAAAAUGAAUGCUGUGAUUUACAGGGUGGUUCUACUAUGAUAUCUGCCUGUGAUGCCAGAAAUCUGGGAGAUCAACAACUGGAAGCACAAAUUAAUGAUACCAAUGGUCAUCGUAUGAACAACUACAGUGAGGGGGCUCGAUUAAAUAGAGAGAACACAACAUUUGAGAAUCCAACACCACCUGAGGUUCUUGAUCGGGUAAGGGUGGAAUCCACAAGCAUCUUAUCAGGUACCUUGGCAGCUGGUGUAGAUAGCUUUGCUCCUGCCGGUGUGGCUGUAUCUAAGGUUAAAAAUGAGAUGUUUGAUGACUUCGAUGAAGAUCUUGAUCAUGUUUUAUUGAUAGAGCGACUAAGGAUGCUGCUAUCAAGGCGAGCUUUGGGUUUGAUGAAUCAACAUGUGGAGGGUGGUUCUGGUGUGCCAUCGGGUGAUCUACAAUGCUUCUUGAAAGAGAAGGCGAAGUCCAUGUUUGCUAGUGAAGAGCGGAUGGAAAUUGGAAAUGUUUUGCAUGAUAAAUCUGGAAGCUAUUCUCCUCGUCAUUGCAGCCCUUCAGUAGUUUGUUCACCUAAUGCAACUCUUUCGGGAUCCUAUUUUUCAAGCAAUCAUUCUUUGAACAAAUCAACCGAAUCAGGCAAUGAUAUGGAACUUAAGGAAGAUGAGAUCUGCUCAUUGGAGAAGGUUGCUACAGAAUUAGGUUCACGGCAUUUGACUAAUCAUGUUCCUCAAGCAAAUUUAUUGAGUUCCACGAAAGUGAAGGAUGAGCCUUAUGAUCAUGGGGAGGGCUGCAGCAUAUAUGGUAAGGAUAUGAAUAAUGUCUACAGCAACACUCUGUCGAUAAAGAGUGAAACAACCAUGCCAGAUGAACCUUAUGAAAACAAGGUUGAUGAUAUGCCACUGCAAGAUCGAAUGAAGUUUUUCUCAUCUCGGAAGGAUUUUGGUUUUACAUCUAUGGAUCACGAGCAUCCAAAACCUUCUGACCCUGGAUGUAGCGUUCUUGUUUCAGAACCUGUUAAUUUUCCAAACACCAAACGAAGACGCAAACAAAAAAAGACCGCCACGAAUUCAAUUGAAACAGCACUGGAGGAAGAUGCUCCUGGCCUUCUCCAGAUACUAGUUGAGAAAGGUAUACAAGUUGAUGAAAUCAAGCUUUAUGGGGAGACGGAAAGUGAUGAUGAUCUAGAUGAAUCAGCUAGUGAAGACAGUUUUCGUGAGCUUGAAGAUGUGAUAACGAGGCUUUUUCCUCAACGCCCUUCCUUUUUGAAGUUUCCCUCUAUAAUAAGAUGCAUGAAAGCUUCAAGAGCAAGCUAUUGCCUAGCUUGUCUGGUUUCACUCAUUGAGCAGACAAGAUAUCUUCAUUUUCGGAACUGGCCUGUUGAAUGGGGGUGGUGCCGGGAUCUCCAGUCUUUUAUAUUUGUAUUUGAGAGACAUAAAAGAAUAGUGAUGGAACGUCCGGAGUAUGGCUAUGCUACAUAUUUUUUUGAGCUUGUGGAGUCCUUACCCAUCAGCUGGCAGAUAAAGCGGUUGGUGAUUGCUAUGAAGCUUACUAACUGUAGCAGAAUUUCACUUCUUGAGAACAGACCAUUACUGGUUGGGGAAGAUUUGACUGAAGGUGAGGCAGAGGUUUUACUGAGCUAUGGAUGGAUGAUGAACAGUGGCUUGGGUACAAUGCUGAACUACCGUGGCAGAGUCGUUCACGACCGGAGUAACGAGGACAUUUCGGAAUGGAGAUCGAAAAUAGGGAAGCUAUUGAUGGACGGGUAUAACGGCGGAGCUCUUGUGCUAGAAAAUACUCCAAAGAAGGUUGCUGAAUACAGCAGCUCCCAAGCCACACAAGUUAAGCUGGAACUCUGAUAGAUGUUAGCUUCUCAUACAAUUUGUACCAGUAAUCAAUUUUCUGUGAAAGUUUAGUAUCAUUUCAAUCUGUUCAUUAAUAUGAAAACUAUAUUGGAUAUAUUUUUUUUAAUAAUGUACCUAUAUUUGUAAGACAUGAUAUCAUAUAAUAAUUGUAAUAAUUCAUUAGAACA